AUGCCUCCCAAAGUUGAACCUAGGAGGGUGAGUUAUUCCGCGGAACUACCCUGCAGCGAAAUCACAAAAUUCAUCCAAACUAUACCCAAAAUAUGCAAAAGCAUUAUAGAAGCACUGCGCGACGGCAAAAGCGUUACAUCGGUCAACAAGGACUACAUUGAAGAAAACGCUAAGGAGAUCAUGAAAGCCACAAAACACAUGGAAGACAUUAUAAAACACGCAGACCCUAAACGCCUAGAUCAGUAUUUUAAGGCUGUUCUCUUAAAGGCGCAAUCGGCUAAAACGCUCCCCGCGGGCUCUCCCUCUUCAUCCAAGCUCGACACCGCUCCUAAAACCCCAACUGACCAAUCUUUAGACAUCAAUUCCUUCAAAAAGGACAUAGUAGAUAGUGUGCAAUCUGUUCUCGAAAAACACGUACAGACAAUAAACGAGCACACAGCCAAGCAAAACAAGACUAUCGAAGAAAUCAAGAAGCAACUUUCUCGGCCAACUAACACACUUACACCCACUUUGACACAACCCCGGACUUAUGGAGCUGUCGCUGCCACCCCCGCUCAUGCGGAUUCGAACCGCCUCGCAUUAACUCGCCCCAAGCCGAACGCGGUCGCUCCGAAAACGCGACCGGCAAUUAUUAUCACCCCCAAAACAACAACAGACAAAACACAUACCACCGAAGAAAUAGUAAAACUAUUCAAGAAAAAUAUUUCAUUCCGAGACAGCGAGUAUGCGCCGGCCCGUGUACAAGCCAUAUCGAGAAAUAAACUCCGCAUUGAGUUCGAUCGCACUGAAGAGCGGGACGAUGCCCUCACAAGGCUACGGAACGCAACGGACGUGCGGGCCGAACCCGCUAGAUACUUAAAACCAAUGGUGCUGCUGAAAGGCAUCUCCAUUGACAUUCCCGCAGAACAACUCACGAGCAUUAUUUUGAAACAAAACCCCAACAUAGAUACGCUUGUGAAGAACGGGGCCGAGUUCCAAUACCGCCUAAGUAGAGACAAUAGAAAUCCUAAGUUUUAUAACGCAGCCUUCAUCACCGAUCCGGCGGUAUGGCGGCGGAUCACUGAGGCGGGGAGGGUCUGCGUGGACUACCAGCGGGUCCACGCGGAGGAUUUCUCACCGUUUAUGCAGUGUUUCCGCUGUCUGCAGUUUGGCCAUACGCGGGCAAAGUGCGCGGCGCCAAUCUCUCCGUGCGCACAUUGCGCCAGCGAGCAACACUGUACCGCCAAAUGCCCUUCCCUCGAGGGACCGGCUAAAUGUUAUAACUGUAUAACCUAUAACAAAAGAUUCAACAACAAUAUUGAUGCCGCGCACCGAGCCACCGCGGCCAGCUGCCCGCGGGUAAGGUCGAUGAAGGAACGCAUACUUAAUCGGGUCGAUUACGGCUCGCCAUAG